CAAAAAAUUUCUUGAACGUAAUAUCAUCGUUUGAUUUUGUUAUAACAAUGAUAUUAUUAAGAAAAAUAUUUUCAAUUACAACACCACUAUCGAAUUACUUACAAUCUAAAUCAGUAGACUUUAUUGAAGCGCUGCGUUUAAUCAAUACUUCUAAAGAACAAUUAGCUAAAAUGAGAAGUGACAAAAAAUAUGAGGAACUGGUAGAGGAAGCAAAACAAUUUGCUAACCAUCAUAAACUAAUAGAGGUCAACUUUAAAGAAUCAAGAAAACGUGCUAAAAAAAUUUUACCUGGAGAAAAAGCUUCAGAUGAAAUACAGAGCUCAUCAUUCGACAAGUAUCGAUGUCAUACAUACUUUGCAAUUUUGGAUAAAGUAAUUACUUCAAUUCAAUCUCGAUUCAAUGACUCUAACAAUAUAUUAAAAGAUUUUACACUUUUAUCCCCUGAAAGAUUAAGGACAUUUAAAAAUGAAAAUCAACAGCUUCCACAAGAUAGUUUUACUGACCUAGUGGCUUGGUUACCAGAAAUUGAUAUAAAUCAACUACGUAAUGAAUACAUUAUUUUUUCUAAAAGUUUUGAUGAUCUGACAUCAGGUAUAGAUUUACCUACUUUAUUACAUUGCCCAGAAUCUAUAUCAUCGAGUGAAAGUUGUGAAGAAGAAGAAAAAAAUAUAACUCAAGAUGAACAAAUUAAUAUGACAAAAAUUGGUGUUAGUACUAUUCUUUAUACAUUGUCCAAGUAUGAUUUGUCAGCAGCGUUUCCCAAUUUGUAUAUAGCAUACAAAGUCUUAGGGACUAUACCAGUUACAUCUGCAUCUGUGGAAAGAUCAUUUUCUAAAGUUAAACUUAUUAAGACACGUCUACGUUCUACAAUGGGCCAGGAACGUUUGGAAAGUUUAAUGUUUUUGAGCUGUGAAAGGGACAUCAAAAUUGAUUAUGAAGAGACAAUAACACUCUUGGGAAGAUCAUCUGAUGUGUUAAAAAACGCAUUAUUAUUUAAAUGAAUAAAUAUAUAUUUUCUUAAAAAAUUUUUUAAUGCUUUUUGUGAUGGGUUGAGUGGGUGGUGGGUCUGACAAUAUAACUUGUGCCUCAUAACUUAAUUAAGUUCGCCACGCCA